GAUCCCUGAGCCUCAGUUCAAACCCUAAUUCCCCUAAAAAAUUCAAUCAAGUGCUCAAACGCCAGCCAUGCUUGCAGCCGCGGGCUCUCUGGCAGCUGCUUUCUGGGCAGCUCUCCAUCUCCGGACUCUGCUGCUGGCUGCUGUCACCUUCCUGUUCCUGGCUGACUACCUCAAAAGCCGGCGCCCCAAAAACUACCCGCCAGGGCCGCCGCGCUUGCCCUUCGUGGGCAACUUGUUUCAGAUGGACUUUACGCAGUCGCACCUGGCGGUUCAACAGUUUGUGAAGAAGUACGGGAAUGUUAUCAGUUUGGAUUUCGGAAUCAUGUCUUCAGUGAUUAUAAGCAGCCUACCUUUAAUCAAAGAAGCCUUUUCUCACCUGGAUGAAAACUUUAUAAAUCGCCCUACAUUUCCUCUACAAAGACAUAUCUUUAGUGGAAAUGGAUUGAUCUUCUCCAAUGGUCAGACAUGGAAGGAACAAAGGAGGUUUGCCCUGAUGACACUGAGGAACUUUGGACUAGGAAAGAAGAGCUUAGAGCAGCGAAUACAGGAGGAGGCCCACUACCUUGUGGAAGCCAUAGGGGAGGAGGGAGGACAGCCUUUUAAUCCUCACUUCAAGAUCAACAAUGCAGUUUCCAAUAUCAUUUGCUCCAUCACCUUUGGGGAAAGGUUUGAGUACCAUGACAGUCAGUUUCAGGAGCUACUGAAGUUACUAGAUGAUGCCAUGUACUUGGGUACCUCCAUAAUGAUCCAUCUCUACAACAUCUUCCCAUGGAUAUUAAAACAUCUGCCAGGACAACACCAAACAUUGUUGGCUACCUGGAGAAAACUGAAAUCAUAUAUUGCUGAUAUAAUUGACAAUCACCGCAAAGACUGGAACCCUGAUGAGCCAAGAGACUUCAUUGAUGCUUUUCUCAAUGAAAUGGCAAAGUACCCAGACAAGACUACUACAAGUUUCAAUGAAGAAAACCUCAUGUGCAGCACUCUGGACCUCUUCCUUGCCGGAACAGAGACAACAUCCACAAUACUGCGCUGGGCUCUGCUCUACAUGGCCCUCUACCCAGAAGUGCAAGCAAAAGUACAGGCUGAAAUUGACAGAGUGAUUGGCCAGGAGAAGUAUCCCAGCCUGGCUGACAGAGACUUGAUGCCUUACACCAAUGCUGUCGUCCAUGAAAUUCAGAGAAUGAGCAACACUGUCCCUCUGAAUGUUCCAAGGGAAGUAGCAGUUGAUACUACACUGGCUGGAUUCCACCUGCCAAAGGGAACCACGGUUAUGACCAAUUUGACUGCACUGCAUAUGGACCCUAAAGAAUGGGCCACACCAGACACCUUCAAUCCAGAGCACUUUUUGGAGAAUGGACAGUUUAAGAAGAGAGAAUCGUUUCUGCCAUUCUCAAUGGGAAAGCGAGCUUGCCUUGGAGAACAAUUGGCCAGGUCUGAGCUCUUUAUUUUCUUCACUGCCCUUGUGCAAAAAUUUACCUUCAAGCCGCCAGCCAAUGAGAAGCUGAGUCUGAAGUUCAGAUUAGGCAUGACCAUUUCCCCAGUCAGCUACCGCAUCUGCGCCGUCCCUAGACUGUGACGUUGGAGAAGGAAAGAACAGGAAGAACUGAAGAAUGCACUGAGCCACUGAGCCCAUAUAUGAAAGGCAAGAAUGAAGGUGACUGGGAAAGUUGGAAGGAAUUAGGCUGAGGUCAGUGGAUCUGUAGUCUGGACUGCUGAGACCUCCAACUCGGUUGUGGGUAAAUCACUUACAUGCUCAAUGAUCAAUCUUUCAUCUACAACUGCAAUGAGAAUGGUGGUUCCUUCUGUGAAAAGUUCUUUUAAACACAAAAUGGUAGUAUACCAACAGCAUGGAAAUCAUUGUCAUAUCAUAAAAUUAUACCUUCAAUUUGCUUCCUGCCUACUUCAUAAAUGUGCACUUGCUUCUAGAUGUUAGGUUGGUUCUUCUGGGAGUGGUGUAGAGAUCUUUCCUGUGGAAGCCUGCUGAGCACAGAACUUCUGAUAAACAACUGUCUGGAAGGCUGUGGUAUGAGGUGAUUUUCCUGGCCAUAAUCAGAGUCUCCAAAACUAAAGAGCUCACAAGGCGCUUUUUAAAAUUAAAGGGGUUCAUUCCCAAGAUGAGAGCAAAGGUUACUUGUGCAAAAAGCAUGCUUCUGUACACAAAGUAAAAAGACAUUUCUUGGUAUGAUUCUAAUAUACUCAUGUGCCCCCUAUAGUACCAGCUCACUCCAAUAAAUUUAUAGGAUAGAUUUCUUCCCACAAUCCAGAAUAAGUCAUUUAUCACUUACUGAUUCACGAGUGGUAACAGAAAGCCUCAUUUAUAGUUCCAUCUGAUGGAAUGAAUAAAAUUCAGAACUGAGAAAUCUUUCUACCCUAGGACUCCAUAAGGAGACAAGACAAGGUGGUUCUAGUUUCAGUCUGUCUGCAACAUGGCAUUACUUGAAACAUCAAUGUUUAUUCAUCCCUAUUAGGGCACAACGGACCACACAAAGUCACCUUGGUGAGCCAGGAAUUCUAUUGGGACUAUGAAAAGAAUAUAGAUGAUUCAAAGUCAUUGGAACCAAAAGGUUCCCUGCUUAAUUUACAUGGAGCUGUACCACUGAAGAGUCUCUUCUCCGUUCCCAAUCCCAACAACUGUCUACUGUUUGAGUAUCAUGAUAAAUGGGGCUGGAGAGCCUUCUCACUUCCCUGAGGCAACAUCAAUAGCUCUCUCAAGGGUUAUCAUUGCUGUGAUGAAACACCAUGACCCUUUGGAGUAUGAACCUUUGACUGCUUAGUUACCAGAAGUGAAACCAUUUUAGGAAGGAUUAGGAAGUGUGACUUUGAUGAAGUAACUAUGGCCUUAUUUAGAGGAAAUGUGUCACUAGGGGUAGGUUUUUGAAACCUCAAAGCCAGGUCUAGUGUUUGUAUCUCUCUCUGCCUGUGGAUCAGGAGGCUAACCUCUCAGACAGUCCUCUAGCACCAUGUGUUUUGGCCUGCCACCACACUUUCCCCCAUGAUGAUAAUAGACUAACUCUCCAAAACCAUAAGAAAAGCCUCAAUUAGUCUUCAUAGCAAGAAAACUCUAAGACAAGGAAGAAAUACCCUAAGAUUGUGUUCCAAAUCAUAUUCUAUGGAAGGAAGCCAAGGCAGGAACUGACACUGGGCAGGUAGAGCCGAGAGCUGAUGAAAAGGCUCUGGAGCAUUGUGGGUUACUAGCUUGCUCCUCAUGACUUGCUCAGCCAGCUUCUUUGUGAACCCAGAACCAUCAGCACUGGGGUAAUACCACCCAGAAAAGGAUGGGCCCUCCAUUAUAAAUUACUAAUUAAGGAAAGGCUUACCUUGCCUACAGCCUUAUCUUAUGGAGACAUUUUCUCAAUUUUGAUUCCCUUCUCUCAGAUGAUUCUAGCUUGUAUCGUUGACAUAAAAGCCAACAAACAUAUUGAACAAUAAACACAAUUAACAAUGCUCACUGUUUUAUAUAUAUAUGUAUGUGU